GUCAUACUCCUCUGGUGUACAAGAAAUGACCUCGCGAUUCGCGAUUCGGAUUUCGGCUUCUAACAACCUAUCCUGAAUUCAAUUUGGCAACUUCAAACCGAACCAUUAUGCAUGUGCGAGAGCCACUUGUCAAAUUUGGUUCUGUAAUGAGCGUUUUGGGCAGUUAACGACUCCUCCAACAAGGAAUAGUGAAACUUCCUGUACGUCAUCAAAAAGCGCCAAUUGGAGGGAGCCGAAGCGAUGGCUUUCCUCGGGAGCCUGAGACCGCUGAUGUCAUCUCUAAUGCAGGUGUCCCACUGUCUCUCCCCCCUGUGGGUCCGGCCCGGCCUCUCCAGAACCAUGGCGACGCUGAACCAGAUGCACCGGAAGGGCAAGCCCUCGUCGCCGCCCCCCCGCCCCAGCGCUACCUUCGGGCGCCCCCAGCUGAAGGGCGUGGUCCUGAAGACCAUGAUCCGCAAGCCCAAGAAGCCCAACUCCGCCAACCGCAAGUGCGCGCGUGUGCGCCUCUCCAACGGCAAGGAGGUGGUCUGCUUCAUCCCUGGGGAGGGACACAACCUGCAGGAGCACAACGUGGUGCUGGUGGAGGGGGGGCGCACACAGGACCUGCCCGGGCUCAAGCUCAAAAUAGUCAGGGGCAAGUACGACUGCGCCCACGUGGUGAAGAAAAAGCAGUGACCUGCUGAGGGGAGGCGGUGUGAUUGGACCCCCCUGGUUUUGUGGGGGGGGCAGGGCAGCACUGGUCUGUUGAUCUCUGGACUGGACUUUCGGAAUAAAUUUGUUAACAUCCCUAGUGUGUGGACUAGGGCAAAGUGGACCCUGGUUUUCUGCCUGGAACACAUGUGGAGUAGCUGGCACCAUCAUGUAUACCAGUGCAUUUAAUAAAAAGGUCUUGAUUUUU